CCCGCCGGCCCACGCGAGGUCCCCAGGCUCCCGCAGAGGGCGCAGCGGGCGCGGGGGGCGGCGUGUCAGCGCGCGUGUCCUUGUGUGUGAGAUGAAUUGGAGCCACACGAGCGGGGGUUCCUUCCGAGUGGUUUUGAUCAGCAACCCAUUAAGGGAUCAUGGAAACUUUUCUGGCUAAAAGGAUGAAAACUGAGUCAACUACUUUUCACCAUCAUCCAUGGAAGGGCUCUUAUUAACCGCCUCUGACUUUUGGAACCUCUGAGACGUUGGCAUGACCCUUUGGAAAGUUCUUAAGUGGAGAUGGAGCAAAGUUGACUGGAGUUGUGGAAGAAGACGACAGAUUUGCAUUUUUCCUGCAGACAAGAAAAUAGCGGCUAUGACUUUUCCAGUAACGUGGACAGGGGCCAAGUGAAGCUGAACUGGUCAUGCUCUGUCGCCCAGUACUCCUUUGUCGUCGGCGGUUGUGCGCCCGGCCCUUCUUGGUGGGCUUGGUGGUGGCAAUCUGUCUCUUCUACCAGACUCUGACCAUCCGAGGGAGGAGGAAGCUCGCGGCCACUGUACCUGGGGCUGCCCCACGCACACCCAGCGAAGCUCAGGCGAACCGGUGCAAGAACGGAUACGCCGAGGACCAGCCCUGCCUCUUUCUCUCCGGUAAUGCACAGGAAAUCCGAAAGAUAGAAGAGCUGAUGGAGACACACUUUGGUGGUGACGGCAGACGGGCUGUCCUUUACCGGCCUCCUUCCUACAGCGAGACAGAACUGCAGCUCCACCAGCACAUCCUCACAGAGCAUCAUUACACUGUUGUCACCCUUGAAGAAAAGUUCAGUGCUGGCCGUGGGCUGGGGCUGCUAGAACAAGGUAAUUUGGACACUUGGGAUUUACUCAUUUGCUUACCUUCAAGGAAGACAGAUGGAAAGCCCUGUGUAUCCAAGGAAGAUAUGUGCCAGCUGGGUUUACAUCAAAAGAUAAAUAUAUUACCAGAAUUAUAUCAGCUUUGCAGAAAGGAAGGAUUAUGUCAAAUAAUUAAAAGAUUUCCAGAAUUGCAACUUCCGGUGAGUCCUUCUGUGUGUCUGGAUCAGGAACAACAGUUACAGCUGAGUACACCAAGUCAUCUUUUAAAAACCAUGAAACCACAUGUGUGGAAGUCCUGGGACUGGCAACGUGAACAGCUGAAUCAAACAGCAGCCCUUGUUCCGCAUGAGACAAUCUUUCGAACCGAGGAUCUCUCCGUGAUUCUAAAAGCAUACGUGUUGGUGACAUCCUUAACCCCUUUGCGUGCAUUCAUUCAUUCAACUGGCACAGCGUGGAUUCCGCCAAAGAAAAAACGCUUCACUGUCAAGCUGCAGACAUUUUUUGAGACAUUCCUGAAGGCCAGCUCCCCUCUGCAGGCCUUGGACACUAUGAAGGAAGCAAUCAGCAAGCUCCUGCUGGCAGCUGAAGUGUUCAGUAAAACAUCUACUCUGGGACCAGAGACCUCCCAUAGAUGUAGAUUAUGUUUUCAGCUUUUAACUUUUGAUAUUGGCUACGGCAGUAUCACAUACCCUGUGGUGCUUCAGGUGCAUGAGCAUUUAAAUUUUCAAGACGAUGAUAAUAUGGAUUUUGAGGACCAAAAUACAGAAGAAUUUCUUUUAAAAGACACUUUUGAUUUUCUCUUCUCCAAUGACUCUUCACUGUUUGUAUUUUCUGAGAUAUUUCACAGACUUUAUAAAUCAGGUGUAUUUAAGGGUGAAAACCACCCAAAGGAACGCAAUCAAUGUCUAUCAUUAGAUGAAGUUCAUUUAAUUAGGACUUUUAUGAAGGAACUUGGGCAUCUGGGACAAUUCCAACUGCUCUUUGCCUCCAAUCCUCGAAUUCAAUCUUUGAUGCAUGAGGUUUAUGAUACAAGAAAUCCUAUGGGAAAACCUGGCUCAGUCCUCACUCAACACUGGUCUCUUUUAAAUAUACUGGAACAAUUUUGGCUCAUGAAUAAAAAGGCACAGCUACAUCCACUGGAAUGGAAUUCUUCCCUGGAAGAUGAGAACAUACAAAAGCCACAAAUGUCACUUGAUGCAACUGACACUAAAAAAGCUGCAGGUCCACAAAUUUUGAAUGAAAAUGAAGAUAUACAAUGCAGUAAUGAUAAAGACACGCCAUGCCAUCUCAAGCAGAUCUUCACACAUCCACAAUUGGACCUAAAUCCUGAAUUUGAUGCAAAGAUCAGAGACUAUUACUCGGAAGUCCCAUUUGAUGUGGUGAUGGUGACAAUCGGGGCAAGGACUUCUAAGUGCCAGUGCCAGGUGCACCUGCAGGAGCGGCUGGGACCCAGCUUUGCCAAAUACCCUCUAGGUUUAGGAAUGAAUAAAAUUUCAAUGCUGGUGGUGGAUGAAUCUCCAGCAGGGCUCGGGACUGUGAUCACGUAUAAAUUCUCCAUUUAUAGAGAAGACCGCCCAAGUCUGCCCUUUUUUGAGGGCUUUAAUGCCUGUGGUUUUGUGCAGGACUGUGGUUUGUUGAUUCAUCCAGAGGAAUCUUGUGGCUUACAGCCUAUUUCUUCUGACUACCUUGAAGCCAUUUCACAGCCUGAAUUAAAGAAUUGUCCAUCUGGGGACACAAAAGGUCAGUGGAUUGUGCCUUGCCUGAGUUGUUCCGACGACAGGACCUGCGACUGGAGAGAAAUCACUUGGCAGCCCAACAACUGUCAACACCGUGUCCUGACAAAGCCUCAGCUCCAGCAGUGCUUGGGGGGAAGAAAGAUUAUUUUCAUUGGCGAUUCCACCAACAGAGGGAUCAUGUACUACCUGAUCGAAAGAGUGAAUGAAACCUUGCAGGAAUGGCAGAAGUUGCAUGGUACUAAACUGUACCCUAAUGUCAACAGUGGCAAGACUCUGAUCAGUUACUCCUACUAUCCCCAGUUCUGGCUGAGCUCUUCCCUGAGACCAACAUUCGAGAAAGCACUUGAGCAUCUCUUGCAGAGAUCACGUCCACUAGAGAACACUGGCCAGACAGUAUUGGUUGUUGGUGGUGUUCAAUGGCUUAAUUCCAAUCACCUACAAAUUAUUCACAAGGUUUUGAAAAGGGAAAAUUUACUAAAUAUCCUAGUGAUCAUCAAAACUUUGGGAAUUGGAUUUCACUUGCCAGUGGAUGGAGUGCAUUUCUUAACACAGAGUGAAGUUCAAAACUUGUGGAAAGAAAAUGUGAUUAUUGUGGAAACUGCAAAGCAAUAUGGCUAUGAAGUAGUGGACACAUUCAGCAUAACGAUGGGGCGAUACAAAGAGUUUCUUCAGGGCAACUGUGGAUGUCAUUUCCAUGAGGUAGUGAAAUCAAAGUUAUCCAAAGAACAUCACUUUAUUAAAAUGAAAAGAUCAAAGAAUCAUAUCGUGGGAAAAUAUUUUAGCCACCAAAGCAAACUACAAGAGAGAGAGUCUACAACCAAUCUUCAGUCACCGUAUCACGUCCGAGGUCCAAUAAAUCAGUGGCAAUGCCUUGAGGAGCAGAACUGCAGAAGGAACACAACUGAGUCCCAGACGCUGUGACAGAGAACACCACUGGGUGGAAAGCACUCGGUGAGAUCCCAGCUCCAUGGCUCAUCGUGUUGCCCCCUGCCCCAAGCUAAUUUUUAUAUGGCUUCUACCUGAGUCUCCAUAUUUACUUUCUGGUUUUAUGACUUCCAGCCUCUGUGCUAUAAAAAUAUUCUUAUUCAUAGUCCCUUCUCUGUAUUCUGCCUCACAGAACUGAGCUGCUCAAGGCUCAGGACCGACCGUCCACUUUCCGCCCUGCCGUGUUUUGCAUAGAGCAGGGACUCGGCAAAUAGCAUUCUGCCUGGCUUCUCCAUGCACGCCGUGCUUCUCAGAUCGAUUGCUGCUGCUGGGAGGGUUUGGUUCUCUUAGGGGGCCUGCCCCUUAGCUUAGUUGUUUAAGCGUCUGCUCAUGCAAAUACAGUCAGGCUCAGGAUC